AUGGGUAACACCAAAGGUGAAGAAAAAGCUGAAACAUCCAGGAAUACACUUCUGGCAAGAGCAUGGACUAGUUCAGGAUGGGGACAUGACAUCACUUGGGUGCAGACAUAUGAGGAAGGUCUCUUUCAUAUUCAAAAAAGUAACAAGCCAUUGAUGGUUAUUCAUCACUUGGAGGAUUGUCAAUACUGCCAAGCAUUUAAAAAAGGGUUUGCCCAAAAUAAAAAAAUACAAACAAUGGCUCAGAAUAAUUUCAUCAUGCUGAAUCCCAUGCAUGAGACCACUGAUAAGAACUUAUCACCUGAUGGACAGUAUGUGCCUAGAAUCAUGUUUGUGGAUCCUUCUUUAACAGUCAGAGAUGAUAUAACUGGAAGAUAUUCCAACAGACUGUAUACAUAUGAACCUCAGGAUUUGCCACUGUGGAUAGAAAACAUGAAGAAAGCAUUAAAACUUACUCAAUCCAAGUUAUAAUGGAGUACCUCUUAAGAUCUUGAAUGUCGGAGUUCCCGUCGUGGCGCAGUGGUUAACGAAUCCGACUAGGAACCAUGACGUUGCGGGUUC